UCCAGCCCGCCCCGCCCCUCAGGCUCCCCGGUUGCCCAGACCCUGGACCCUCAUUCCAUUCGGGUCUGGCCUCCAGGCGGCAGCGACUCCGCAGCUCCGCAAAGUCCCGGAUCUCAGGAGUGGGCGCGGCGCGGCAGGGACAGCUUUCCGCCACCGAGAGCCCAGCUGUCAGUUGCCUCAGAGGAAGAUGGGCAGUCCUGGCACAGGUGUGCAUGUGGCCACUGCCCUAGGAGUGCUGUGGUUCUGCCUCACAGGCACUGCCUUGGAGGUCCUGGUCCCUGAAAACCCCGUGGUGGCCCUGGUGGGCACAGACACCACCCUGCGCUGCUCCUUCUCACCCGAGCCUGGCUUCAGCCUGGCGCAGCUCAACCUCAUCUGGCAGCUGACAGACACCAAACAGCUGGUGCACAGCUUCACGCAGGGCCAGGACCAGGGCAGCGCUUAUGCCAACCGCACCGCCCUCUUCCCCGACCUGCUGGCAGAGGGCAACGCGUCCCUGAGGCUUCAGCGCGUGCGUGUGGCUGAUGAGGGCAGCUUCACCUGUUUCGUGAGCAUCCGGGACUUUGGCAGUGCUGCGGUCAGCCUGCAGGUGGCAGCUCCCUACUCAAAGCCCAGCAUGACCCUGGAGCCCAACAAGGACCUGCGGCCUGGGGACACGGUGACCAUCGCGUGCUCCAGCUCCCGGGGCUACCCUGAGGCCGAGGUGUUCUGGCAGGAUGGGCAGGGUGUGCCUCUGGCGGGCAAUGUGACCACGUCGCAGAUGGCCAAUGAGCAGGGUCUGUUUGAUGUGCUCAGUGUCCUGAGGGUGGUGCUGGGUGCUAAUGGCACCUACAGCUGCCUGGUGCGCAACCCCGUGCUGCAGCAGGACGCUCACGGCUCUGUCGCUGUCACAGGACAGCCCAUGUCAUUCCCCCCUGAGGCCCUGUGGGUGACCGUGGGACUCUCGAUCUGUCUUGUUGCGCUGCUGGUGGCCCUGGCCUUCGUGUGCUGGAGAAAGAUCAAACAGAGCUGUGAAGAGGAGAAUGCAGGAGCUGAGGACCAGGAUGGAGAUGGAGAAGGAUCUAAGACUGUCCUGCGGCCUCUGAAACACUCUGAAAACAAAGAAGGUGACGGACAAGAGAUAGCCUGACUACGAGGACCAGGGCGCUGCUGCCCCUGCCCUGGGCUCCCACCUCUGGUUGCACUGGGACCUCAGUGUGAGCACUGAGUGGCGGCUUCCCUGCCCCCAACAGGUGGCUCCCACCCUGGGUGGGUCUACUCAUUCUGCAAAAGAUGUGACACGUAGACCACCCGCAGCCUCAUUUCUCCAAUGGACAUGACUCCCGAGUCAUUCUGCUGCCUUAUUUCUUAUGGACAAUACGCAGAUGACCUACCACAUUUCUCCAGUGGACAUGCACAGGGGCCGUCCGGCUGCCUUUUUCCUCCGGAGGAUACAUAUUCAGACUGACCCUCUGCCUUACUUCUCCAAAGACAUGAUACACAGUCACCCCUACCUUGUUUCUCCAGUGGCCCUGAUACACUAGUUAUCACUUCUCCGCCUUCCCGGAGCUGCCUGUAGUCCCGUAUCCUCAGGUGGGACACUGCAGCCUCAGCGUCUCCUUGAGUCUAGCGGUGCCUUUCCUGCCUUCUCCUGUGCUAGCCCCAGUGCUGGCCUUUGCCUUCCCCUCAAAGUGAAGACAGGAGCCCGCCCCAGCCAUGCAGAGACACCAGGGGCACGUGUUGGAACACAUUCAGACCUCCCCUGGUCCCGUCUCUUCCACGGUGCACUGGGAUGUGCCCUAUGAGCCCCCCUGUGCCAACUGUCCCCAUGGGAGGCAUGUGCUGGUCACACUGGGUCUCUGAGGGUCAGCUUCUGUCCGUCUGCUUUUUCUGCCUUUUGUUUAUCCACUCAAAUGAUGUUCGCUGAGCACCUGUGGGGUGUUGGCACCGUGUCAGGUGUGGGGAACCCUCUUUGAAGAGACAAGCCGUUCCCUUAGGGAGCUUGCCUCUCAGCCAGAAACCCAUGAGGAAAUAGCAGUUCAUGAGAGGGGUUCCUGCCUUGUUCCCUACUGGUCCUCUCUUCUGUGCCUCCAGCCACUUGGGUACCUCACCUCCAUCCCACCCCUAGUCCUUACCUGGAGAGAAGCUGAUGGUUCUCAAAGAGCCUUUCCAGGGUGAGCAGGGAGGCGGGCAGGUAGCCAAGCCCCAACAGACCCCAAGAGUGCAGCAUAGGGGAAGCCUGGGACCUCGGGGGGUAGGGAUAUCGCCCCUCCUAUCCCCCGCCAUGGUGCUGUUCCGGGGCUGGGCAGCCGGCUCUGGCUUGUCUCUGGCAGGCCCCGCCUCUGGUUGUGUAAACUUCUGAAGUUCCCAUGUCCUCCCACUGACAUAUCUCCCUUCGCCAGCAAUGGAAGAUGUGGGUAUUUCUAAUUUA